AGACAGAGAGGCGGUGCGCCUGCAGCCACGCUUUUCCCUGUUGCAGCGCGACAACAGUGCACGCCUUCAAACUUCUCCUGACAAGCCGAACGUGAGCAGCGAUGUCACAUGAGAGCAUUUGUUUGUUUUCUGUGUUUUUUGUUUUUAAUUCAGCGUGUUUAUCGACUAUAUUUACGCAAGUUUCCGGCGUAAACGCUUUCAGCCAUUAUCUAUCCACGUUGAUUGAGUGGAAGGACUUCUGACUUUCACCCUCAAAACAAGACCACUGCUCUUAAUUUGGCAGCCAUCGGGCAAAACUCCUAGAUGCUUCCUCCUCAGUAUUCUGCCGCCGUCUGUAGCAAAGUUUACUGAGCUGAAGAGGCGGCAACAGUUGUAGAGACAAAGUGGAAGACUCACAGACUGAUGCAGUGCGAGUUACAGUGAAGAGUAUGACUUAAGUCAGGUGCUACAGGUGUUGUUAUUGUGGUGGGAACUUCCUGCCAUUAUCCUUAAAUGACACAAUCACUCUUUGCUGACAUUGUACCAUAUGGUUUGGCAAGCUUUUAUUUUGUCUAAAAACAAGCAGUUGAGACUGUGGGAUGAAAGUGCAAAGAAAGCAAAAAAAUGAUCAUGCUGAAGAAUGAACACCUGGUCUAUAUUGGCCUGGAGCUGGUGAUCGCCUGCCUGUCUGUGGCUGGGAACGUCCUGGUCUGCUGGGCCGUCUGCCUCAACUCCAACCUGCAGAGCAUCACCAACUUCUUUGUGAUGUCACUGGCAGUGGCUGAUAUCGCUGUGGGGCUGCUGGCAAUUCCCUUCGCUAUCACUAUCAGUACUGGCUUCUGUGCCAACUUUUUUGGCUGCCUCUUCAUCGCCUGCUUCGUCCUCAUCCUCACUCAGAGCUCCAUCUUCAGCCUUCUGGCCAUUGCUGUAGACCGCUACAUCGCUAUCAAGAACCCACUCAGGUAUAACAGCCUGGUCACGGGAAAAAGAGCAAAAGGCAUCAUCGCAUUGUGUUGGGUUCUCUCGGUGGGAAUCGGCCUGACACCAAUGCUGGGCUGGAACCAAGGUUGGAACGCCACCGCCACAGCCAGCAGCAGCUGCCCUGAAGGCUUGACUGAGUGCCUGUUUGAAGAAGUGGUAACCCUGGACUACAUGGUCUAUUUCAAUUUCUUUGGCUGUGUGCUACUGCCCCUGGUGGUCAUGCUGGUCAUCUAUGUCAAUAUUUUCAUGGCUGCUCGGCGCCAGCUUCGCCUGAUUGGGCUCAAAGUUGCACAAGCACCUGCUCCUGGAGGAAUAACCACAUCGUCCAACUCAUCUCGUUCAACCUUGCAGAAGGAAGUGCAUGCAGCCAAAUCGCUGGCCAUCAUUGUAGGUUUGUUUGCUCUGUGCUGGCUUCCGUUGCACAUCAUCAACUGUUUUAACCACCUGUGUCCGGACUGUGGGCGCGCAGAUAUCUGGGUGAUGAACAUCGCCAUCAUCCUCUCCCAUGCUAACUCUGUUGUGAAUCCUUUCAUCUACGCUUAUCGUAUUCGGGAGUUCAGGCGGACCUUUCGGAGGAUCCUGUACCAGCACAUCCUUGGGCAGAGGGAUGGACGUGGGUUUGGGGGUAGGGACGGCAGAGGUGUUGGGAGCAGCAGCAUCAGGCAGACUUCCCUCUGUGCCAGUAAAGAGGGUUUGUCAUGUGGCACAGUAGUGAAUAGCUACGUUCUGGACCCCAGUCCUGACCGAACUCCACCAAAAGCUGCUCAUGAAGCCUCUCGCAUUUGGACAUCAAAGUUAGACACCGCACCAAGCAGCUACAUACCCAAUGGACACCAAAUAAAAGGUAGCGCUCUUUCUGCAACGCAGCAGCAGCAGCAGCCAUGCAUCAUGGGAUUUGCUGCUCAAGAUGGAGCCGAGUCGGUUACAUAUCUGAGGGGAGCAACAGAUGUUUUGGAGGCAAAGGACAGUGGAAGCUGCAUUGCUUUUGUUAAUGUUCAGGCUUUCUCCCUAAACCAGACUGACUGUGUCCACUCAACAGAGCUUACAGAGGUCUCAUGACAAAGAUAUUUAGCUAUUUAAAUAUAUUUCUAUAAAACAAAUAACAGUGUGCCAACAUGAAAAUGGAUUAACAAAGCCUCUGCAAAUCAACAGAAAGUCUGUUUUUGUUUUUGUUUUUUUAUGUCAAAUUAAUUGUCAAGGGAAAUCUUGGUGUGCUUUACUACUGGUUCUUUAAACUAUCUCUGGGUUGGAUCACAUUUACUAGCAUGCAAACCAUACCACAGGAUAAGACAUGACACAACUUUGUCAGUUCAUACCGAAAUUAAUUUUGUGUCCUCAGACAGCUCUGCUCAAGAAGUUCACACACAUAUAAGACAUGCAGUUACACAAACAGUACAUACCCAUAAAAGCACACCAAACAGUCACGGCCAUGGAACACAUCACAUAAUAUCCUCAAAAGCAGAUUUUGAUCAGCAGCACACUGGUUUGGUUUUGCAACAGAAUCGACUGAUUAAAAACCAGAUUUUCAGCCUGUUGUGUUUGAAUGUAGGGACUCUGAAUUGCCUGGGGGGCAGAAGUUUGUAUCCUCUGUUUAGAACAUGCGAGAGUCUGAGCAUGUGAAUGUUAAAACUGGCUUACAUUUUCUUGACAUACAGUACAAUAACAUCUAUGACAGGGUUUUUUUUUAUAUAUACAAAUGUCCCUUUAUGUCAGGUUCUAUGCCUUUUAAACAAUGUGCAUUUUUAUGUGCAGAAAACAAUGCUUUAUCAAGUGUAUUGUAUCUUGCAAUGCGUUUUAAGACACUUUAAACUCUUACAUUUUUAACAGCUUUUUUGAUAAUGUUGCACCAGGUCACCUUUUGUAAUGGUCAUCUGUAUUGUUUUUCUUACUGGAGAAUUAAAAGUCUUAAAUACUUA